UAUGAACUAAAUUUUUUGUGUGGCUCAUCUAGAUGUCUGAAAUUGGUUAUAUGGCCCACCCACAAAAAUGUUGCACACCCCUGCUUAGAUGCAAUGGUGCACAUCGUUUUUCUAUCAAAAUAAGAUGUCGAAAGUGUACUUUAGCUCGAAGUUAUUCAUAAUUAAAUCAAAGUUCGAUACUAGAGGACUCCUGUGUAUGAAUAAACAUAAACUAAUUAUUUGCUCAAUCGACUUUUACACAAUUUGUAUGACUUCAAUUGAGAAAUAUUAUUAUAAAGAGAUAUGCUAUUUAGUGAUUUAAUUCAGAACUAAAAUAUUAAUUUUAAUAUUUGAGCGGCAGGUAUGGAUAUUUCUGAUCAGUCUACUACUUCUAACAAAACGGGUCAUCAUCCGAGUGAACAUGAAAUAUUUCGUCAGUGGUUGGCAGCAAUUGUAUUUGCAUCUUUUCUGUUGGUCUGGAGCCUUUACAUUCUCAUUGUUACACUUAUGUACGAGUGGAAAGUGAUGAGUGUGAACUUCGAAAUCAAACAAAGAUCUUUGAAAAGAUCCAGACAUCGAGGAAGGAUAAAGUUUGAGAGAAAUAAGACAGCGGAUAGAAUGAGAUAUUUGAUAAUAAUUACCGCUGUCUUUACUGUUCUACGUCAAUGCUUAGAAGGCGUGGAGUUGCGUCAUUCUUUCGACAAUGACGAAGCGUGCAACAGUUUACGUGUCGUGAAAAACAUACUUUACGCAUUCUGCGCCAGUCCUAUAUAUAUAGUACUUUGGAUGCGUCAAAGAGUGUUUUAUGAAUCGCCUGUUUUAAAAGAUCUGAGCAAUAAAGGGAUAAGAAUCCUGAGCUUUUCAAUAGUGCUAAUAAUGGGUGUUGGAGACGCGGUAGGCAUUUUGCUGUUUAUUGCAACACGGGGAUACAAAAGCUCACCCACUGGGUGCAAGGUGGAGUAUUCUCACAUUCCAAAGAAACUACCAGGCGUGUUUCUAUUCUCGUGUACCGCAACAUUUCAAAUAAUUUUGAUGGGACUCUUUGCCUAUCCAUUACUCAGGCAUAAACACGAAUCUAAGGACAUUAAUGCAGAUUGUUCCGGUAUGAUGAAGUUAUUAAAAAGAACAACUAUAAUGGCAGCAAUCACGAUUUGCUGCGAUGGUAUUGGUGCACUAAUAACUAUGCUUGUUUCAGACUUGAUAAUUGCAAUAUUUCGUCAAUUAAUUUACGACUUCAUGUUGUUAAUAGCAACAGUUUGUGUCAUCGCAUCAUUUGGCGACUGGAAGAUCAGAUUGCUACCAUUUUUGAAGCAAAAAACCAAGAGAACGAAAACAACAAGAGACAACUCGAUGGCGACAACUGGAAUCAAGUCAAAUGCGACUCGCAAAAUUACGAGCGGGUAA